AUGGCUGCUCAGCGACCAUACAAUAACCCGGGCUCAGGCUACCUCCAGAACGGUGCCAGCGGCGGUCUACCUCCUGCUGGUGCCGCACCACUUUUGCCAAACCAGGGCCGAGUCCUCCAGACUGGUCCCCUAAGAGUUCUGUGUAUUGCUGAUGUCCGAGGAAACUUGAGAUCGCUCAACGACCUUGCUAAACAAGCCCGCGCUGACCACAUCAUCCACACCGGUGACUUUGGUUUCUACGACGACACUUCCUUGGAGCGAAUCGCCGAGAAGACACUCAAGCAUGUUGCUCAAUACUCGCCCUUGAUUUCCGAGCCUGUCAAGAAGGCCAUCCAACAGGGCGGUCCAGGCCCAGUUAAGAGCCGGUUCGCUCCUAAUGAGCUGCCGCUCUCCGAGUUGCCCCUCCUCAUCAGCGGCGAGGUGAAGCUUGAUGUUCCUGUCUAUACUGUCUGGGGUGCCUGUGAAGAUGUCCGAGUGCUGGAGAAGUUCCGAACAGGCGAGUAUAAGGUACCUAACCUGCACAUUAUUGAUGAGGCUCGAUCAAUGCUAUUGGAAGUUGGUGGUGUCAAACUACGACUGCUCGGUCUUGGUGGUGCUGUCGUUAUGCACAAGCUUUUUGACAAUGGCGAGGGCCGCACUACUAUUGCUGGCGGCCAGGGAACUAUGUGGACGACUCUUCUACAAAUGGGCGAGCUUGUCGACACCGCCCAUCGCGUUUACGAUCCUACCGAAACCCGCAUCUUUGUUACACAUGCAUCUCCAGCUCGCGAGGGUAUCUUGAACCAGCUUUCGGUAACUCUCAAGGCCGAUUUCUCCAUCUCUGCCGGACUUCAUUUCCGAUACGGAAGCUCUUACAACGAGUUCAGCGUCAACCCCACUCUCGAUCACUACCGAGGCAAGCUUGCUGCCUCUAAGGCUUCUUUCAACGACGUGUGGGAGACUGUCAAGGGCGAGGUGGAGCCCGCCAUCCAGCAGAACGAGGCUCAGCAGAAUCUUCUGAAGAACGCUCUACAGAUCGUCGAGAAGAUGCCUACCACUGCUGCCGGCGGAAACCCCUUUGGCGGUCCUGUUGCUGGCCAGGCCUCUCUCGGACAAGUCGAUGAGAGCGCCUUCAAGAACAUGUGGAACUUCAACCUUGCUGAUGCCGCCUUCGGAUAUUUGGUCCUCGAGAUUCAAGAUGGUCGUAUCGGCACAGAGAUGCGAGCUCAAGGCUUUAACUUCUCUCACCGAGGUGCCAAGCAGCAACCCGGUGCUCCUCCUACUACAACUGGCCCAGCCGGUAUCCCUUCGCCUGCUCCUCCUUCCACCCAAUCCAGCGCCCCCCCUCCCGCCAGCCGCCAGCCUUCAACGGUCCAGGCCUCCAAGCCUGCCGUCGCGACUCCUCUGUCCGGCCCACCCAAGCCAGCUACCCCCCAGCCCGCCCCUAGCUCAAGCAGUCCUGCCCCAUCCGCCAGCAACAAGGAGCCUGAGAAGGCAGCGGCUCCAGCUGGCGCCAAUGGUUCGGCCCAUGCCCCUGAGCGUGUCUCAUCCCCUGCUCCCAAGACGCCCGCCUCUGAUAUCAUUGGACUCUUCAUUAUGAAUGUGAGCACCGAGGAGCAAUGUCGCGAACUUUUUAGCGAGGAGGAUAAGAACAAGAUCCUGAAGGUCGACAAGUGGGGCAACUCCAACAAGGUUGUUCAAUUCAAGACGAUUGAAGACCGUGAUGCUGCCCUGGACCGACUUCCCGACGAUGUGAAGACUCGAACCCAAGAGGACCGAUCUAAGCCUCUCGUGAAGGUUUUCCAACAUCGCGAGAACAAGACAUACGCCAACCGAGGCGGUGCCGGUAACUGGGGUGCCAGCGGACGCGGCGGAGCCACCAACACCAGCGGCUACCGUAGUGCGGGAGGUGCUAGCGACUCCGAAUCCAACCGACGCGGUGGUCGAGGCGGCCGGGGUCGUGGCGGAGACCGUGGAGGACGUGGUGGUCGUGGACGUGGUGGCCUCAAGGGAGAUACAUCAUCUCCUGCUGCCGCUCCUUCCACACCCGCCGCUGAUUAA